AUGUCCAAAUCCCCCAAACCCUCCACGCCAGUCAUCCAAACAAUAUCCCAUGCUCACCGGAUGAUCUACCGCAUCGGACGCGGCCAACAAGGCCAACGUUUCCUGGAAUUCGAUGAACAGGGUGAUUUCGUAGGCAUGGACAUGGCGCGGAAGUUUAUCCAGAUGGGCAUGACGCGGGCGAAGCGGUAUGGAAAUCAUGCGGGCGGGCGAAAGUAUAAGAAGGAGAUUAGGGAGGAGUUACCGAAGAGUGAGGAACAUGAAGGGAAGCAGGAGAAGGAAGAGGUGAGUAAGCUGUUUAGGGAGGUUUGGGAGAGAUGUAGGGCGUAUGAGGGGUAUAAGAGGAGGAGAGCGGAGUUUUUGAGGGAACUGAGGGAAUGGGAAGAGAUCAAGAAGGAAGAGGAAGUCAAGGUAGAGACUUAA